AACACGUCAGCUCUUGGAGCAAUGGCCCAUGAUCUUUGGUGCCCAGGUUGACCAGUGGCACACCUGGAGCAUCCCGAUCAUCCCAUGCGAAGAGGUGAAGGCCCUCUUGGUGCAGCAGUUUGAAGAGGGCUUGAGCUACCUGGAGGACCUCAAGUAUGGCCUCCACGACCACUUUGUCCACAUGGUCGCCAAUGCCACUUCUUCGCAGGUGCUCAAGUCGUGGCCCUGGUGGACCUUUUUGGGUCCCGUGGCGCCGCAGAUGUCCAGCAUCUUCAACGCGCAGGCGGCCCUGUGUGCGAGCUCCAGAUGCUGUCAAAAAUGGCCUUUGGGCGAGAUGCUGCUUUCCUGGCAGAGAGCGCAGGAGAAGAUGAACUUGCUGCUGUGGCUGGGAACCUUUCAUGGCAGUAUGGUUCUGGCUCCAGACACUGUGGAGGGGCGCUUCCUCCAAGGUCGGUGGCAUGGAGAAGUUGACUACGACUACGAGAUGACCAUCGGCGAACGGAUGGUGCAUCAAUUCUGGUUGGAGUACCGUGCGGCUGAGGAGAUCUUUGAUCUGUGCCUUCGGGCUUUGCACAUGGCCUUGACGGCCUUGCGCGAUGCCGGCCGUCUCGAAUCGGCCAGCGAGCGCGGUGCGUUUGCCUCGUCCAUGGUGGCUCUCUACGAAUUGGCCAACAUCCGAACUGUGGACGAAGGUUUACUGAGGUGGCUUUCACAAGGACUCUUCCAUGGCAAAUCUGUUGCAGAGUUUGGCGCGCUGAACGGCGCCUCCUCCGCUUGGCUCAACAGCAGUGGGGCCAACAUCAACGCCUUUGCCUUCGAUGGGGUGCGGGACGUGGCAGAGUUAACUCGAGGCCGAGUGGCAGAGAAGGACUUGUCCUUGCCACUGCAUUUGCCUCGAAGCUAUGACUGGAUCUUGUCCCUGGAGGUGGCGGAACAUAUCCCGGAGGCGCAUUUGCCACAUUUCCUAGAGAACAUCCGUCGACACUGCCUUGAGGGCGCAGUCAUCUCUUGGUCGCGCUGCGGUACUGGUGGUGAGCACCACGUGAGCUGUCGCAGUCCAGAGGAAGCAAGGGCUCUCUUGGCGGCCUACGGCCUUGUGGCUGAUCUGGAGGCCUCAGCAACUGCACAGGCUGCCUCCACGGUCUUCUGGAUUUCGCGCACCGUGCAGGUCUAUCGAGUUCCAACAUUUGGUGGAGAUCGGAGUGUCUCGUCCAAGCUGCCGAAAAGAAGGGCGGCCGGGCGCGAUGUGGGGAUUUCACCGGCCAUUUUUUUCAGGACCUUUUCGACUCCAGCCUGUAGACAUCGCCGUUGCGAAAUUCGGGCGCGCAUGGGGGAGGAGAUGGAGAUGCCUAGAUGUUUGCCCUUUAAUCCAGGUGAAAUCAAUUGCGCGCUCACCUUGCUGUGUCAAAUGAUCGGCAACAUCAUUGCCUUCAUUGGUGCAACGUCCAUGGUCAUGUCAACGCCUUACAAGGACGUGGCCGGGAUAGAUGAGGCACAGAUGAACAUUUUCAUCAACGACGUGAUCUAUUCGAAGAUAGUGACCGGGAUGUGUGGCACCAUGAUCUUUGGCAACACCUACUACGCUUGGAUGGCUUACAGAAUGAUGAAAAAGGAGAAAACAACCAACGUGUGCACGCUGCCCUAUGGUAUCAACACCCCGGCUGCCUUUGCCUUUAUUUUUGGCGUGAUCGCCAAAGCUGCAAAGGAGGCCGCCGCUACGGGAAUGAGCGUGGAAGAGGGUGUGCUCUAUGCCUGGCGUGUGGGCUGUGUGGCCAACCUGGUGAGCGGCUUUAUCGCCACCCUGUGUGGUUUCGCAGGACCUUUGAUCGUGAAGGUGGCUCCUGCGGCCUCGCUGAUGGUUGCACUGGCUGGGCUGGGAUUUACCUAUCUGGGCAUUGGACAAAUCAUCGCCUGUUUCGAAGUGGGCCACCUUGGUCUGUUGCCACUGGGGGUUGCCUUGAUCACUUUCUUUGGUGAUGUGAAGACCUCUCCACUUCCAGCCGCUGUGAUGGUCAUGGUCGUUGGAAGUCUAACAGGUUGGCUUUCCUUUGAGGGCUGGCCGGAAGGCGACCCGUUCCCAUCAGGUGGAACGCCCGAGGCCGUGAAGGAAUCCUUCAGCCACUUUAGUUUUUAUUUUCCAUCCGUGCUUGGUCCGGAUUCCUUCAAAGUCAUCCCUGCGGUCCUGAUGAAGAACCUCGCGGUGAUCUUGCCGGUGGCUUUUGUUGGAGCAGUGAAUACCUUGGUGAGUGUCUAUGCGGCCCACUCGGCAGGGGAUAUGUACCCCAUCCGUGAAUGUCUCAUUGUGGACGGCUUGACCACGGUGGUUGCGGCGCUGUUUGGGUCACCCUUUGGGACCUGUGUUUAUUGCGGACAUCCACAGUUCAAGCAACAGGGUGGAAAGAUUUACUACUCCUUCUUGAACUGCAUCGGCUUUUGUUUUCUGGCCUCCACAGGCCUCUUCGCAGCCUGCAAUGCUUUGAUUCCCCCCUGGGGCAUCGCCCCCAUCAUUCUUUUCGUGGGCCUAGCGAUCAAUCAAGACGCCUUCAACGUGGUGGAGUCGCGACACAUCCCGGCUGCCAUAGUAGGACUCUUCCCACAGACGGCCGAUUGGAUCCUCUCCAUCUGGCCCGGCGCGCCGGAGUCCAAGCCAGGUUUGGCAGCGAUGUCUUAUGGUGCCCUGGUGGUAUGCAUCAUUUGGACUUCCAUGGGUAUCUUCUUGAUUGAUCGGCGCUUCGUUCAAGCGGGCAUUUGGGCGAUGGUCGCCUCGUGUCUUGCAGGGCUGGGUCUUAUCCAUCAAGCAGAGGCAGACCUCACCUUCAAGACCUAUUCGGGCUCCGCCACGCAGCCCUUCGGCCGCUCGCCUGCCGCCUUUCAGUUGGGCUACAUGACCCUGGCGCUUCUCUUUGGAGUGCUGCGAAUUCUCCAAAAUUGCGGCUGCUCGAGAGUACCUCCGGAGCGAAAGGAGGUUGACGACAAUGAUGCAGAAAAAGAAGCCGAAGAAGUCGCUGAGAGGUGUAAUGAAAGACCUCAAACUCGAAUCUUUGAUGCGAUGAUGAGCAAUGAGAUCGCAGCAGGCUACGGAGAGCAGGAGGAUAGCGAGGGCGGAGAGUCCACCGACGACGGUGAUGUGGGUCGGCCUUAAAGGUCGAAGCAGUGCCGUUUUCCCGAAACAUGAGGAUCCAAAGUGAGCCUAUGAAAUUGCUGCAUUCGACAUGUGCCAAGAAAUCAUGAAAUUCAUGAAACACUUGAGCUGUAGCGGAGUUUGAGCUGUUGAUACAGCGCUGUUGCGGCUGUUGCCCCCUUGCCGCUCGGAGCAAGUUGGGUGCCAAAUAGCAUCAGCUGCCACCAACAGCCGCUCGGGGGAUGGAAUCCCAGAAAGGAUGGGAGCACGAAGGGCUUCUUUU